AUGGGAAACUCGUUCAAUGCUUAUGGAAUUGAUCAUGUCGUAUUCGUUAAAUUGGCAUCGACUGUCACGACUUGUUGGUUACUUGGGCUCACUGAAGAGCAAGCUAUGGCAUCUAUUUCGCACGUCUGGAUGGACGGGCAACCAACCCGUGUUUAUCGGUCCCGCGGUAACACAAUUCCACGAAAAGGCUGGGCGGCAGGCGAUGCCUCACGGCGAGGGGUGCAACUCACGUUUUAUAUUCGGGCCGGUCAGCCCGGUGCGGCAGAGGCCCUCAGUGCAAAGCCGUGGGGUUUCUUGACGCGAACGUUUGGCGAGCAAGGCUUCCAGUUUCCUCGGCCGUUCGGGGUGUGGACAAUUCAAAACGUGCUGUUCAAGACUAUGCCUCUGCAAGGGCAUGCAGUCUCGGCAGUUGAAGCAGCACUCACUCAAUUGCGCAGGUUCCAGGAGAAAAAGAUGUCGAAUCCAGCGGCACAGAUAAAAAGUAUUGAACUGCGAACCACUGCGGCAGCCAACUUGAUCAUGAACAAAACGGGGCCAUUGCGAAAUGCCGCCGAUCGCGAUCACUGCCUUCAAUAUGUCGUUGCAUUGACCAUCUUGAAGGGUGCCGUCCCUAAUUCCAGGGGCUAUCUAGAUAAUAGUCCAUGGGCGACCAGCGAGACCGCUGUCGAAGCAAAAUUCCUGCAAAACAUGGCAUAUAUGUUUUCACAAGCAGAGACGGCGCAUAUUCUGGAGGAACUCCAGCAGGACGAUAUGCUAGUUAAUGACUUUGUGAACCUGCUUGCUCGUCCGACAGCCAACCCGAGACUGUAG